GUCACUUAUGAAGACAGAAGAAGACAUUUGAGGAAGUUUUGCCUUGUUUCUUUGUUUUUUCACGUUUCGAUACUUCAGAAACCGUUAGUUCGUGUACGAAUAACGAGCUUCAUCUAGUCGACAACACAACUUCAUGCAAUUUAAUGAUUAUGUGUUGAUUGAACGCAUUUGAGCUAAUUUAGUAUACAGCAUCUCUGUCGAUUACCAACGUCAGCUAGCUAGCUAGCAAACACAGUCAGGAGCAUUUGUUGAUGUCAAUCGCUAACGUUAAGGCUUGCUCAAAUCAAGAUGGAUGAUGAGAACAAACCCGGCCUGCCGCUCUCCUUUACCGAACCCAAAUCUGAGGGUUCUGAUUGUAACCGUGGAGCCCAGAGUGAACAGCAGGCUCCAGAGAUGGCGUCAGUGAAGCUGGAAGACUGCAGUCAAACACUGGAGCUGAAUGUCAACGUUAAAGAUGAAGUAAAGGAGGAAGAGAUUGAAACAUUUGUGUAUCAUGCGCCGCCUGAAGGGCUCAAAGAAGAGAUGGAAGAACAGAAAGUCUUACUACUCAAAGGAAAAAGAAAACAGAAAGGAAUGGAGGAAACUGAAAAAAAGAGGCACAGAUUCACCCCUGGAGAUGAGGAUCGUAUUAUUUCGGGGGUUCUUGGGCACUGGGAGGAUCUCUUCGGCGCCCAGGCCCACAUUCGCCCCCGGGGGUCAAAGACUGCAACCUGGAACAGCAUCGCGGGUACCUUGACCUCGGCUGUGGCGAGAUGUGGCGACGAUGUCCGGAAGAAGUACAAUCUCAUCAGGAACCAAAUCAAGCAGAAGGUUUCAUCUCUCCGGGCAUUGUCCAGCCAGACUGGUGGGGGGCCCAACACAGUGCUGGAGCUGACCCACCUGGAGCAGCAACUGCUCUCCCGAAUGGCAGAGACCGUAACAGGUGUAGGGCCUGCUGAUCUGGGAAUUGGUCCCUCUCAGGGAGACAUCUCCAGCUCUGGCCCCCCACCAGCAGCAGAAGAGAGCACUGUGGAGUCCGCUUUACCCUCUAAUGUCACCAUGGAGGAGGUACCCUCCACCUCACCAUCAACACCUUGGCCAGCGCCAACAGUGUCACCCCAACCCAUCACCUCCCGUCCUGCACCAGCUCACUCAAUCCACUCUCAAUCAAUCAAUCAAAUUUAUUUUAUAAAGCCCUUUUUACAUCAGCAGUUGUCACAAAGUGCUUUACAGAUACCCAGCCUAAAACCCCAAAGAGCAAGCUCUGCACCUCAACCCAUCACCUCCUGUCCUGCACCAUCUCACUCCAUCCACUCUGGCUCUGCUCCCCAACCCAUCACCUCCCGUCCUGCACCAGCUCACUCAAUCCACUCUGGCUCUCCACCCCAUCCCAUCACCUCCUGUCCAGCACCAUCUCACUCCAUCCACUCUGGCUCUGCUCCCCAACCCAUCACCUCCUGUCCUGCACCAUCUCACUCCAUCCACUCUGGCUCUCCACCCCAACCCAUCACGUCUGGCUGGACACCACAGGGCCCCCAAGCCAAACUGCUCCAACACAUCCUGGACACACAAACACAACAAAUCCAUGUUACACAGACCUCCCAACACAUCCACCAAGCUCUUUAUGAUUUAUUAGAAAAAGCACAUGAAACACAGAAGGCACACCUGGAUGUGGAGAAGAACCGGCUCCAGCUGGAUAGGGAGCGCUUGAGGGUGGAGACAGAGCGCCUGCAGGUGGAGAGGGAGCGCCUCCAGCUGGAGAAGGAUCGCCUGGGGGAAUUGGAGGCCCGGGAGGUGCUUCGGCAGCGCUCUGUCUCCGGGUCAGUCGCCCUAGAACACCAGACGCCUGUGAGUUCAAGAACUGCCAGUGCCUCCCCCACCCUUCCUCUGGGAACACCAUCAGCCUCCAUGUGCAGUCCCCUCGCAUUAAUAUCACCCACUGCACCACACUUUGAUUUCUUAUUUGCCCCAUUCCCAUUACCGGUAAUCCCAACCCAUUCCACCCAGCCAUCACAAACCAGCCCUGCCCCAACCUCCCCUACCUUAACCAGUUCUGCACCAACCUCCCCUACCUCAACCAUUUCUGCACCAACCUCCCCUACCUUAACCACUCCUGCCCCAACCUCCCCUACCUCAACCAUUUCUGCCCGCUCUCUCAUCCCUCCAACCUCCGGAUCUGUUAAACGGCGAGUCCAGGAGACAGUCAGGCCUUGGCCUGCACCCACUGCUAAGAAUAAAAAACUUCAAUAAACAAAUAAUGUCAUAAAAUACAA